CCCGCCAAAUUUCCCCGGCCCUCAUCUCCCGCCAAAACAACCACUCCUAAUAAACCAUUUUUGUGAGAAGAGAUCAGAUCAUAAAUUUCUUCCACUUCAAAAGUGGGAUUUAUUUAUUAUUUUCAAAUCUAGGGUUUGCAUUUUGCAGGGUUUCAGGGUGCGGCCUCUGGAGCUUUAGAUUUUGUCCGUCUAUGAUCUUCGGCUCCCAAUCUCGAGCAUAUUUACAUAUUCACUGGUGAAUCUCAGGUAUUUAUUUCACAAGCUGUUAGGACACAUCACAGACUUCUAUGGUGUUUUGUUGCCUAAUUAUUUGAAAGAAAAUGACUGGGCCAGACUUUGAGGCCGACAAAGCUCUAUGCAAGGAUUUUAUUAACAAUUUCAUAGAUAUCCAUGGUGAACCCAAGUACCUGAAUAUAUUGCAAGAUGUUGCCAACCGAAAAUACUGUUCAGUUGAUAUCGACCUUGAUGAUCUUCUUAGUAAUGAAGAUUUGGAUGACGGAUUUCUUGAACGGGUUCGUAUGAAUACAAGGCGUUACGUAAGUCUUUUUGCAGAAGCAAUUGAUGACCUUUUGCCAGAGCCAACAGAGGUCUUUCCGAGGGAUGAUGACCAUGACAUACUAAUGACUCAAAGAUCAGAGGAAAAUACAGAGAACAGUGAUACAGCUGAUCCGCUUCAGAAAAUGCCUCCAGAAAUCAAGCGGUUCUUUGCUGUGCAUAUAAAGGCAUUCUCAAAGGAGAGGACAUUUAGUAUACGAGAAGUAAAAGCUUCGUAUAUUGGUCAACUUGUGAAAAUUUCUGGCAUCAUCACUCGAUGUAUGGAUGUCAAACCAUUGAUGCAGGUUGGUGUGUACACAUGCGAGGAGUGUGGGUUCGAGAUUUACCAGGAAGUAACAGCACGGGUGUUCAUGCCUCUGUUUGAGUGCCCAUCUGUGCGUUGCAAAACAAACAACUCAAAGGGGAAUCUUAUCCUACAACUCAGAGCCUCAAAGUUCCUGAAAUUUCAGGAGGCAAAGAUUCAGGAAUUAUCAGAGCAUGUUCCAAAAGGCCACAUACCACGGACAAUGACUGUUCAUCUUAGAGGAGAUCUUACUAGAAAGGUUGGUCCUGGUGACCUGGUUGAGAUUUCUGGGAUUUUUCUUCCUAUUCCGUAUGUUGGGUAUAGAGCAAUGCGGGCUGGCCUAGUUGCUGAUACAUAUCUAGAGGCCAUGUCAAUCACUCAUUUUAAGAAAAGAUAUGAAGAUCAUGUUCUCAGAGGCGAUGAGCAGGAGCAGAUUGACCGUCUUGCUGAAGAUGGAGAUAUUUACAGCAAACUUGCACGAUCUCUUGCCCCUGAGAUAUUUGGUCAUGAAGAUGUGAAGAAGGCGUUGCUACUACUUCUCGUGGGUGCUCCCACUAAGAAACUGAAAGAUGGGAUGAAGAUUAGAGGGGAUCUGCACAUAUGUUUAAUGGGGGAUCCUGGGGUUGCAAAGAGUCAACUCUUGAAGCACAUAAUCAAUGUAGCACCUAGGGGAGUUUACACCACAGGCAAAGGAAGUAGUGGUGUUGGCUUAACUGCUGCUGUUCAAAGGGAUCCAGUGACAAAUGAGAUGGUCCUUGAAGGGGGAGCUUUAGUACUUGCAGACAUGGGGAUUUGCGCCAUUGAUGAGUUUGACAAGAUGGAGGAAGCUGACAGGACUGCAAUUCAUGAAGUUAUGGAGCAGCAAACUGUCAGUAUUGCUAAGGCUGGGAUCACUACAUCUUUGAAUGCUCGGACCUCUGUUCUUGCUGCUGCAAACCCAGCCUGGGGUCGGUACAAUCCGAGGAGGACACCUGCUGAGAAUAUCAAUCUCCCUCCAGCAUUGCUCUCUAGAUUUGAUCUGCUUUGGCUUAUACUUGACCGUGCAGACAUGGAUAGCGAUCUAGAAAUGGCAAGGCAUGUCAUCCAUGUGCAUCAGAAGCUUGAACCUCCACCUCUAGGUUUCGCGCCUCUUGAACCCACCAUUCUCCGAGCUUAUAUAUCAGCUGCAAGGAAGUCAUCGCCAUCUGUUCCGAAAGAGCUGACUGAGUACAUAGCUACUGCUUAUUCUGGGAUUCGCCAAGAGGAAGCUAAGGCAGAUGCCCCUCACUCCUACACAACUGUGCGAACUCUUCUCAGCAUUCUACGGAUAUCCAUGGCAUUGGCAAGGCUCAGGUUUGCAGACACUGUGGGUCAGAGUGAUGUGGAUGAAGCAUUGAGGCUGAUGCAAAUGUCGAAGUUUUCACUUUACUCAGAUGAAAAGAGGCAGGCAGGCCUUGAUGCCAUCUCUGACAUUUACUCAAUUUUGAGGGAUGAGGCAGCCAGAAUGAGCAGCACUGACAUCAGAUAUGCUCAGGCCCUUAACUGGAUCUCUCGCAAGGGAUAUAGUGAAGCACAGUUGAAGGAGUGUUUGGAGGAGUAUGCAUCCCUGAAUGUGUGGCAAAUACACCCGAACACAUUCGAUAUCCGAUUCAUUGAUGUAUAAUGAACCACCCCCAUGUAUAAAAAGAGCUCUAAAUUGAUUAUAUAUUUCAAAUGUGGGCCCUCUUCUGUUACAUGCCCUAAGUACAGUUUUUGCUUAUAAAAUUAGUUUGGGCUUGUGGGGCA